ACCUAUCAUUCAUUGAUAACCCAGUAUAUAUAUAUAGAUUCUACUAUUACUAUAUAUAUAUUCUACCAACUCACAAAUUGAUUUACAUAUAACAACAACUUAAAUUUUUAAAUUUUAUUGACGUAUCAUGGCGGGCCAAAAGAAGAAGUCUAAAAGUCAAUCAUUACCUUUAGACUUGGAUAACAUCCAACCAUUAGAACAUUUACAACCAGUGCCAAAGACAAGAGCUAUGUCGAUCACCUCGAUUGAAUCUGCUGAUGAACCUUCUGGUAUGAAGCAAGUUUUGGUUCCACCACCAAUUCGUGAAUUUGACGAAUUAGAACAAUUUGAAGCCUUUGUUCGUGAUGAAACUUGGGAUAACGAAUUUGACUACUUCCAUGGUAGAUUAAACUACUACCCACCAUUUGUUAUGAAGGAAUGUCAAAAUAAUCCAGAGAAGAUCAAGACGACUACUAACUCCAACUCCAAGAAGUUUAGACGUAACUUGCAACAUCAUGUUAAGAACCAUUUGGUUAAGGAUUUAGAAAGAUGUUGCGGUUAUGAAUUGAACUUUGACAAGGCUGAAGUUGUCGAAGCUCCAGGUAAGGUUACUUGGAAGUUUAGAGAUCAUUCUGAUCAUGGUUUCUCUAAAGAGGAAGAAGAUAAGUACAAUAGACAUUGGACUUUAGAAUUAGAUGUCUCUUGUAACAGCGAAUCCGCAUUGGUUGAAGUUGAUUACAAGGCCAUUCCAUUAUAAGAAGUUCUAAAUUACUUUUCUACUUUCCCUUAAUUUUGUAUGAAGUUAUGUUUUUUAUGAAAUGAUAAGCUGCUUUUGGGUUUUAGUGUAAUUCAAGAAUUGUAUAUUAUUGCUAUAUAUUUUGGCUUGUGUUGUACACCUUAGAGUUUUUUUUUAUAUAUGUUUUUAAUGAUGUUUACGAAGGGAAAAAUUGGAAUAAAAUGUGUUUUUAUUAAUCUUGUGUGAUUUUAAGUAGUUAUUUCCUAGAUUGGUGGAUGGGUGAGUGGGGGGAGAGGAAAUCACAAACGAGAAAGGAGGAGAAUGAAUUUAUGAAAUGUGGGGUAGAACCCUUUUAGGUUAUGCAUAGUUACGAUAUACAGUCCAUAGUUUAUACAGCUAUGAAUAUACAUUGUAUAACUUGUU